AUGGCUUUCUUUGGAUUUGAUACCACCCUACCCAGGGACCGUGACGGUACUGGGGCUAAGGGGUUCUUCGAAAACCCAGAUCCCUUUGCCGACAUUGCUCGAGCGAAUGCGCUGGGAGAUGACGACGUGAUCGAUUUUGAGGAUACCUACGAUGGUCUUGGAGAUCAGCUUUCCGACGACCAGGACGAGUUCAACGAUGACACGUUUGGCGGAACGGGCGCCGAUACAUCCGUCGGCAGAGACUUUGAUUUCUUUGGGAAAACUGCCCAGGUUUCUGAUGCCAUUGGCGAGGAGCAAGUUCGCUUUAGCCUACAAAAUCCCAAUGCAGCUCGAGUCGCUCAGCAGCCCGCCCAAGUUCCUGUUCAGCCGGCCGCCACCCAGACCACUAAGCGCUCUGGAUAUGAGAAGUACUCCGAUCCCGAUUAUAUUCCAGACUUGCAAGCCAAAUCUAGUGUCUGGGGUGUCUCGCAGAAGAAACCUGAACCAGCUGCCGCUGCCGCUGCCCCGAGCCGGAAGAUGAUGAGCUUGGAAGAGGUCGAGGCACAGAUGCGUUUUCAUGGUCAUAAUACUGCGACUCCAGCCGCAGAAGCCUUUAUGCGAUCCAUGGUGGAGCAGCCUCAGUACCCACCUCAGCUCCAGCACCUCCAGACGCUUCCUGAUGGGUUCCCUCCGGUGCCGCCAGAGUUCAUCCAAGCACAGAUGAAACAGGGCCACCUACCCCCGCAAAUACCACACCCACCCCCUGGUAUGCCAGAGCUUUAUGGUGGGCCUGGACACAUGCCACCUGGUGGGCCGUUGCAUAUGAUGCAGAACGCCAAUCUCCCCCCCGCAAAACAUGCCGCCUCCUGGCCCGCGCCAUGCUGGUCCACCCCAGGCCCAGCGCCCUCAGCAACCCCAGCCCCCGCAACCUCUUCCACAUCAGCAAGGGCCGCUUAG